AUGUUCAUCAGAUUUUGGAUAGCAUUCUAUUGCGUUGCAAUACUCGCAGCAGAUCGUAUCUUAAGGGAGCAGAAAUCCUUUCUUGACACUCUGGGCACGAAUCCCGGUUCAAUAAUCGAACAAUUCCGUCCAAAUCUCAGCGAUUUCGAGGAUGCAUACCGAUACAUUCACCAGCACCCUGAGCUAUCUUGCAAAGAACUCCAGACGGCCACAUAUAUCGAGGGAGAAUUGGAAAAAAUUGGGCUGAAGACGCAUAACAAAGUUGGUGGCCAUGGCGUUGUUGGCAUUCUUGAGAAUGGACCCGGCAGCAUAAUUAUGCUGCGAUCGGAGCUGGACGCGUUGCCCAUCCGAGAGCAGACUGGGCUACCAUAUGCGAGCAAGGAGUCCAUGGAGGAUAUUUGGGGAAGAGCACAACCUGUAAUGCAUGCCUGCGGGCACGACAUGCACAUGGCAUGCCUGCUCGCUGCCUGCAAGUUGUUGAGCAAUGCCAAGUCUUCUUGGUCUGGGACGCUGAUUGCAAUAUUCCAACCAAAUGAGGAACAUACAGGUGGGGCACAAGCGAUGGUGGACGAUGGUCUCUACGAUCUAAUUCCCGUUCCGGAUGUUGUAUUCGCGCAACAUUCGCUUGCGAUCAAGACCGGCAUGGUUAGUAUCAAAGCGGGUCCUGUGCUGGUGUCCGCGGAGACCAUGAGUAUUAGGCUUUUUGCGAGCGUUGGGUUUCCAGCCAAUCCUCAGCUGACAAUAGAUCCCGUUGUGGUGUCGGCGAGAAUUUUAGUACAACUCGAGAGUCUUGCUGCUCGAAUAGCUGGAGAUGACUACGCGUCCGUUGGAGUUCAGGAAAUCCACGCCGGCCAACCUGGAGAAGACUUUGUUGCAUUUGUGGAUAUCAUACUGGAUGUCAAAGCGUACAAUCCCUCGGUUCGGCAGGACUUGGUCGUAGCUAUCCAAGACCUUGUAGAAUUCGAAAGCAAGUCUGCGGGAAUCAAGAUACCACCUGAAAUCACCACCAAACUUCGGGCACCCACGACCAAUAACAGCAAAGAACUUGUUCAGACUCUCUUACCUGCGUUCACACAAUUCUUUGGGGCGGACAUGGUGCUGGACCGGGUGCCAAAGCAUCCAUGUGAGGACUUCUCUCUUCUAGCGUCAUCGAAGGGGGUACCGUAUGUUUUCUGGUUUCUGGGCAGGGUUGAUCCAGUAGAAUGGGAGAGGUCGGAAAGAAUGGGAAACAGUUUGGAGACAGUUCCAAUUGAACACUCACCAUUCAACGCCCCUGUUGUUUAUUUAACUUUGAAGACUGGGACAGAUGCGUUGUCGCUAGCAGCAUUAAGUUUCUUCCAAGAAACAGAGCUUUUGGGCAAACAGCUCGCUCAUCUGGGAUGAAAUUGCUCGAAUGAAC